GAGUCAGGAUAUCUUCUCCCCAACCACCACGGUUAUUUUAAUUAUUGCAGACGGAAAUUGAAGACUAUUGACACAGCUCUGGGUGGCUAUUUGAAACAAAAGUUUAAAUUUGCGGACAAAUGGGACUUAUGGUGGGGGGUCAAAGUAGUCCCGGCGGGGCGGGGCCAUGACCCCUGAUAUCGCCCGCCGGCGCGCAGUUCAGUUUUGCGGUUCCGGUCCCGCUCUCACAUUGGGGCGGGAUGUGGGAGCGACUGAAUUGCGCGGCUGAGGAGUUUUAUUCUCGUCUCCUUCAGGCAUUUAAUGAAGAAAAGAAAGGAGUCCAUAAAGACCCAUUUCUCUAUGAGGCUGAUGUCCAAGUGCAGUUGAUCAACAAAGGCCAACCAAAUCCUUUGAAAAAUAUUCUAAAUGAAAAUGACCUAGUAUUCAUAGUGGAAAAAGUGCCUUUAGAAAAGGAAGAAACAAGUCAUAUUGAAGAACUUCAAUCUGAAGAAACUGCCAUAUCUGAUUUCUCUACUGGCGAAAAUGUUGGACCACUUGCUUUACCAGUUGGGAAGGCAAGGCAGUUAAUUGGACUUUACACCAUGGCUCACAAUCCUAAUAUGACCCAUUUGAAGAUUAAUCUACCAGUUACUGCCCUUCCUCCCCUUUGGGUAAGAUGUGACAGUUCAGAUCCUGAAGGUACUUGUUGGCUAGGAGCUGAGCUUAUCACAACAAACGACAGCAUUACAGGAAUUGUCUUAUAUGUGGUCAGUUGUAAAGCUGAUAAAAAUUAUUCUGUAAAUCUUGAAAACCUAAAAAAUUUACACAAGAAAAGACAUCACUUGUCUACUGUAACAUCCAGAGGCUUUGCCCAGUACGAGCUCUUUAAGUCCUCUGCCUUGGAUGAUACAAUCACAGCAUCACAAACUGCGAUCACUUUGGAUAUUUCCUGGAGUCCUGUGGAUGAGAUUCUUCAAAUCCCUCCACUCUCUUCAGCUGCAACUCUGAAUAUUAAAGUGGAAUCGGGAGAGCCCAGAGGUCCUUUGAAUCAUCUCUACAGAGAACUUAAAUUUCUUCUUGUUUUGGCUGAUGGUUUGAGGACUGGUGUCACUGAAUGGCUCGAGCCUCUGGAAGCAAAAUCUGCUGUUGAACUUGUGCAGGAGUUUCUGAAUGACUUAAAUAAGCUGGAUGGAUUUGGUGAUUCUACGAAAAAAGACACUGAGGUUGAGACAGUGAAGCAUGACACUGCUGCAGUCGAUCGUUCCGUCAAGCGUCUUUUCAAAGCUCGGAGUGAUCUUGAUUUUGCUGAGCAACUGUGGUGCAAAAUGAGCAGUAGUGUGAUUUCAUACCAAGACUUGGUGAAGUGUUUCGCAUUGAUCAUCCAGAGUCUACAACGUGGUGAUAUACAGCCAUGGCUCCAUAGUGGAAGUAACAGUUUACUAAGUAAGCUCAUUCAUCAGUCUUAUCAUGGAACCAUGGACACAGUUUCUCUCAGUGGGACUACUCCAGUUCAAAUGCUUUUGGAAAUAGGUUUGGACAAACUAAAGAAAGAUUACAUCAGUUUUUUCAUAGGUCAGGAACUUGCAUCUUUGAAUCAUUUGGAAUACUUCAUUGCUCCAUCAGUAGAUAUACAAGAACAAGUUUAUCGUGUCCAAAAACUCCACCAUAUUCUAGAAAUAUUAGUCAGUUGCAUGCCUUUCAUUAAAUCUCAACAUGAACUCCUCUUUUCAUUAACACAGAUCUGCAUAAAAUAUUACAAACAAAAUCCUCUUGAUGAGCAACACGUUUUUCAGCUGCCAGUCAGACCAACUGCCGUAAAGAACUUGUAUCAAAGUGAGAAGCCACAGAAAUGGAGAGUGGAAAUAUAUAGUGGUCAAAAGAAGAUUAAGACAGUUUGGCAACUGAGUGACAGCUCACCCAUAGACCAUCUGAAUUUUCACAAACCUGAUUUUUCAGAAUUAACACUAAACGGUAGCCUGGAAGAAAGGAUAUCCUUUACUAACAUGGUUACCUGCAGCCAGGUGCAUUUCAAGUGAAGUGUGCUGAUGAAAUCCUCUAUAAGCACAAGCCAAAAAGAGAAAGAGAAAAAAGGUAAUUAUUGUAGAACCUGAAAACAGAAAUAUAUGGAAACCCUCAAAGCAGAAAAGGGAGGAAGAUCCUGAAGAUUCUCUUAUGAAGCUCCAAAACUGAUAAUCCUGUCUCAGCCCUGCCUCCUCAGGAGGAGCGUUAGUAGAACAGCAGUGAUGAGGACGCAGAGGGAGCAGACAGUAGGUACCACGAUCUCUGUAACCAUUUGCAUGUGACUUAGCAAGGGCUCUGAAAUGACAAAGAGAAUGAGCACCACAAAUGAGAACAGGGUCAUUUUAGUAAAUACAGCUUUAUCCCAAAAGCUUUAACUGUAUUGGAAAAACUUAAAAAAUACCAUCCUCAAAUUUUCUGAUUCUUAUUUGCCAUGAAAUAGAACUUAGUGAAUUAAAUGUUAUUUGAAAAUUUUGUAGGAGCUUUGUAAAUAUUUCAGAAAAUAUGGGAUAAAUGCCUGAAUUUGGUUCUUCUACAAGUGCUAUAGUAAAGUCUAAAUGUCUCUCAAUA